GACCCCCGCUUCCCGAGCCGCGGACGCCUCAAGUCGGGGGAAGGAGGGUCUGGGUGUGGGAGGGAGACAGACCCGGCGGGGGUCGGCGCCGCUCCGGGGCCCUGCGGCCUGCCCUUCCGGCGGGGGAGGAGAAACGCGCUGCACCGCUCCGCUCCCCUCCCCCGGCUGAGGCGGCAGCGGCGCCACGUCUCGGGCUGGCAGCUGGAGGACGGAGCCCGUCGCUAGCUGUCAGGAUAUUUUCAUGACCUCCUGGAAUUUGAGCUGCCUACUGUAAACCAACGAAUGAAAAGCCCACUGUUGUGCUACUAUACGACAUCUCGAAUAGUACUGCUGCUGAUGGAGAGAAUCUGGACUUGGUAGUUCACUUGGAGGCAAAUUAUUCAGAAGAAUUAAUUUCCUUGGAUCUGGGUCGUUCUUACCAUGGACUCCUCAUCUGUUGAGCAAGGUGCCCUGUUGGAGAACAGAGCUAGCAAUGGGGUGUCUCACAGUUCAGAAGGACGUCUGGAUUAUAAAGCCAAAUCAGAUAUGCCAACUGAAGGAGCUGAAAUUAAUACAACUAGUAUUAAUGCCAACAAAGUGCCAAAUGAAGGAGAAAGUCUGGAGAUAAACAGCAAACGGGGCACUUACCAGAAUGGACCAGAGGCACUCUAUCCUGACCUCCCUUUGUCUUUUGAACCAACCAGCAGUCCACAUGGUCAAGAGUCUCCAGGUGUGGCUGGUUUCCAUGACAACCUAAGGAAGUCUCAGGGAACUAGUGCUGAGGGAAUAGUUCUUAGAAAAGAAGCUUUGCAGUCACUCAAACUAAGUCUUCCCAUGCAAGAAACUGAAUUGUGUUCAUCAGAGUCUUCACUCCCAUUGGAGAAAGAAGAACAAAUCAGACUUCAGGCAAGAAGGCGUCUGGAAGAGCAGCUCAAACAGUACAGAGUAAAAAGGCACCAAGAAAGAUCCAGCUACUCUACAUCCAAAACCCGGCCCUCUAGUACACUAGAUCCUGAGCUGAUGUUAAAUCCAGAAAUCUUGCCAAGGGCCAGCACUGUAGCUAUGACAAAAGAGUACUCCUUCUUGCGGACCAGUGUCCCAAGGGGGCCAAAACUGGGCAGCCUGGGACUUCCAGCGCCUUCAAAAGAGAAAAGAAGCUCCAAAUCUUCCAAGUCAAGUAAUAUCCGUUCCUUGGCUGAUUACAGAACUGAAAAUUCAGAUCCUGGAAAUGCUACUAGAAAUUUUGAGACUGCUGAUGCAUCUGGUGGGUCUCUAAAGGAGAAUAGAAGUGGUCUGACUUCUGUUGUAUCUGAAAUCAGUCUCCGUUCUGAAACAGAUGACCGACUGGAGAAUUCCUCCAUAGCAGGAGACAGUGUUUCAGAGAUUGACGGAAGCGAUUUAGGAAUAAGGCUGGAUGGAAAUGAGAGUGACAGCUCUACCUACAGCAGUGUGUCAGGAAGGGGGAUGUAUAGCAUUUUACUGAAUGCAGAAGGCAAACAGGAGAUUUCAUAUACAGUAAAUGGCCAGGAGAUCCCUUCAGAUGGAAUGGGGCAAUUUCCUUCCAUCAGGGAAGUAUUGCAGGCUGCAGCAGCAGAGCAUCAUGCCCAGGACCAGGAAGUUAAUGGGGAAGUGCGGAGUCGGAGAGACAGUCUUUCUAGCAGUGUGUCUAUGGAAAGCUCUAUCACAGGAACUCAUGAUGAAAUGUUGCAGGUCCUAAAAGAAAAGAUGAGACUUGAAGGACAGCUCGAAGCACUGUCAUUAGAAGCUAAUCAGGCCCUUAAAGAGAAGACCGAGCUGCAAGCCCAAAUUGCAGCUUUGAACAUGAGGCUUCAGGCUCAGUUGGAGCACUGCCAGAGCAGCCAACAGAAGCAGGAUUCUUUGAGCUCAGAAGUGGCUACCUUAAAGCAAUCUUGCUGGGAUCUGGAACGAGCUAUGGCUGACCUGCAGAACACCUUGGAAGCCAAGAAUGCUAGCUUGGCUUCCUCAAAUAAUGACCUGCAACUAGCAGAGGAACAGUACCAAAGACUCAUGGGAAAAGUUGAAGAGAUGCAAAAAAAUGUUCUCAGCAAGGAUAACACAGUACACAGUCUGCGACAGCAAAUGGCUUCCUUACAGAACCAGCUUCAGCAGGUGCAGUUAGAACGGACCACGUUGACCAAUAAGCUAAAAGCAUCUCAAGCAGAGAUCGCAUCGCUGCAAAAUGUGCGGCAGUGGUACCAGCAGCAAUUGGCAGUGGCACAGGAGGCACGUGUUAGACUACAGAGUGAGAUGGCCAAUAUACAGGCUGGGCAAAUGACCCAAGCAGGUAUGUUGGAGCACCUCAAACUAGAGAACGUAUCAUUGUCUCAUCAGCUAACAGAGACCCAGCACAGAUCCAUCAAAGAAAAGGAACGUAUUGCAGCACAGCUGCAAAAUAUUGAGGCUGACAUGUUAGAUCAAGAAGCUGCAUUUGUACAGAUCCAGGAGGCUAAAACCAUGGUGGAAGAUGACCUGCAGAGAAGGCUGGAGGAGUUUGAGGAUGAGAGAGAACAACUGCAGAAAAUGGCUGAUUCUGCAGGAACACUGGAACAAGAACUGGAACAGAUGAAAUUGACUCUGCAUCAGCGAGAUCUGCAGCUUGAAUCUUUACAGCAGGAGCAUCUAGUGCUCAUGAAGCAGCUCACCUUAACCCAAGAAACAUUGCACACCAAAGAGCAGUCCCUAAAUGACCUACAGACUCAAUAUGAUGAGCUGGUGGCCAGGUUAGAGGAAUUCCAAGGUGAUGUUAUUUCCAAGGAUGACACGAUCCAAUAUCUGCAGAAUGAGAAGAUUGUCCUAGAGGUAGCUCUGCAGGCAGCAAAAGCGAACAAAGAAGAACUUGACGAAGGAGCAAAAUGCUUAGGUGAAAGUACUGAGGCAGCAUCAGAAAUCUUGGCGCAAUUGAGACAAGAAAUCGCUAUAAAGUCAAGCCAGGUGGAAAAUCUGCAACAGGAAAGUGCCAGCCUGAAGAAACAGACCCAAAAAGUAAAGGAGCAGUUCCUACAGCAAAAGGUAAUGGUGGAAGCUUAUCGAAGAGAUGCAAGUUCAAAGGACCAGCUGAUUAGUGAAUUGAAAUCUACAAAGAAGCGGCUGGAUUCAGAAGUGAAAGAAUUAAAACGGGAGCUACUGAAACUUCAAGGUGAAAAGCAAUCCAUUGAUGUUGAACGCUCAAGACUUCAGAAGGAAGUAUCCCAGGUUCACCAGCAGAUGGUGGAGUUAGAAAGCCAUCUCCAGUCAGUGCAAAAAGAACGGGAUGACAUGGAGAUACAGCUACAGUCUUUGCAGAUUGAUAAAGAACAAAUGACAUCUCUUGCUGAGGUGAAUGAGGUAUUAAAACUACAGGUAGAACAAAUGCAAGAGGAAGCCAAAAAGGCCAUCACCGAACAGAAACAAAAAAUGAAGCGUCUGGGGUCAGAUUUGACCAGUGCACAGAAAGAAAUGAAGGCAAAACACAAAGCCUAUGAGAAUGCAGUUGGCAUUCUUAGCCGCCGGCUGCAGGAAGCCCUCACUGCAAAGGAAUCUUCUGAAGUGGAGCUGAGCAAACUAAAAGCACAAAUCGCUGAUGGAGGAAAUAACCAGGCUUCCCAUGAAAGGAUUCAAGCUCUGGAGACAGAGCUGCAGGCUGUUAGCCACAGUAAGAUGAUGUUGGAGAAAGAGCUGCAAGAAGUAAUUUCACUCACCAGCCAGGAGCUUGAGGAGUACAGGGAAAAAGUGAUUGAACUUGAGGAUGAGCUUCAGGAAUCUAGAGGUUUCAAGAGGAAGAUAAAACGUUUAGAAGAAAUAAACAAGAAGUUGGCCCUCGAACUGGAACAUGAACGAGGGAAGCUCACUGGUCUUGGUCAGUCUAACACUGCUUUGCGGGAGCACAACAAGAUCCUAGAAACAGCACUAGCAAAGAGAGAGGCAGACCUGGUACAGCUGAAUCUCCAGGUUCAAGCAGUCCUAAAGCGUAAAGAGGAGGAGGAUCAGCAAAUGAAACAACUUAUUCAAGCCUUACAGACUGCCUUAGAAAGAGAAAAGUCAAAAGUUAAUAACCUUAAAGAGCAGGUUGCGACAGCCAAAGUAGAUGCAGCACAUAACCGUCGUCAUUAUAGAGCUGCUGUUCUUGAGCUGAGCGAAAUUAAGAAAGAGCUACAAGCCAAAGAACUGCUUGUCCAAGCCCUUCAGGCUGAAGCAGACAAACUACAGGUUGAGGAUCGGAAACAUUCUCAAGAAGUAUCUCAGUUCCAGCAAGAGUUGGCAGAAGCCCGGUCUCAACUCCAGCUUCUACAGAAACAGUUGGAUGAACAACUUAGCAAACAGCCUGUAGAAAACCAAGAGGUUGAAGACCUCAAAUGGGAGGUGGAGCAGAAGGAGAGAGAAAUACAAACGAUGAAGCACCAGUUGGAUAUGACUGAGCAACGUAGUCAAAAGGAGUUAGAAGGAAUACAGCUAGUAUUACAGAAUAUCAAGACCGAGUUGGAGAUGGUGCGGGAAGAUCUGUCAAUGACUCAGAAGGACAAGUUCAUGCUUCAGGCUAAAGUGACUGAAUUGAAGAACAGCAUGAAGACAUUGCUGCAGCAGAACCAGCAGCUGAAGACAGACCUGAAACAUGGCAAGAUGAAGAAGAAGAAGGAACUGAAGGGAGAGAUUAAUUCUUCAAAUCCGGUGACUCCAGUGAAGAUUCCUGACUGUCCAGUCCCUGCUGCGCUGCUAGAAGAGCUAUUGAAACCACCAACAGCUGUGAGCAAGGAGCCUUUAAAAAACCUGAACAGCUGUCUCCGCCAACUAAAGCAAGAAAUGGACAGCCUUCAGCGUCAGAUGGAGGAACACACCAUAACAGUACAUGAAUCAAUGUCUUCAUGGACUCAGAUCGAAGGGCAAUUAAUGGACCUAACUUCUACCUGUCCUGCAACAGCAUCAGGCGAGCAGGAAAUUCCUGCUGUGGACAUAAAAGAACAGAAUCACAAUGCUGGUGACAAAGAAGCGUUGAAACAAUGACCAUUGUUUUUCAUCACAACUGCUUUAAGCGUGUACAGGAAUCUUUAUCAUUAUUUGUUUCAGUGGAUUUCUUUGUUAAAGGCAAAAGCAGAGCAAAUGAAUGGUUUCAAGGAAUCAGUAAAACAUUCAUUGCAGACCAUGCUGUAUUAAGGUUUCCUGUGAGGGAUGGUUUCAUCUCACUGAAGUAGUGAAAUCCAUGUUGGGGACAGAUGAUAAAUUUGGCCCAUUUAUGAGUCUAGGCAGAAAUUCAGAGGAAGGGUUAAAAAAAUCUGAAUUAUUACAGAGAGAGGCCAAGAAGACAGUGUUAGAUUCUGGAUCUGGAUUUGUUUAAUUUAGUUAAGGAAUCACUGUAAUCUUGCAACAUCAGAUUAUCUCAAAUUUUUCACCAUCUUGGGCUGCAUCCAAAUCGUAUCUGGAAAAGUAAGUCUUUUUCCAGUUCCAACCAUAGGCACUGGGUCAGGCUUGGGAAUCUGAAUCCAAAACCUCCACCCUCUUGAAUUAAGGCUGUAGGUGUCCGGAUUUCAGAUUUUGGUUCAAGCCUGUCUCUAGUUAUGACAAGCACCAUUGCCCUAUAUUAAAAGAAAUGGACUAUGAAAGUUGGUCAGUGCAGACCAGUAACUUUCUUUGGCAAUGUUUGCCCAGGACAUUGUCUGGAGUGCCUGAUUUCCCUCUUGCAUUCUCAGGCCAGUGGGGAGCUUUGUUUCACUGCACAAAUGCUUUUUUUGCACCUUUUUAGUUAAUUUCUGAAGAAGACAUCCCCGGUACAGGGUAUGUAUAUAAAUAAUAAUCAUCUGACCUGUUUUAAUAUGCUUAUACAGUAAAUUAAGAUUGACAUGGGUGUUUUUGUUACUGUCAUUGUUUUAAUGUAUGACAUUUAAGUUUACUGUUGGAAAACAUUGUACAUAGUCCUUAAAGAAACUAGCCCAAAAAACCAGAGAUUUUAGAAAUGUAACUAUUUUAUUUGUAUCUUAAAGACAAAAUGAUAUGCCUAUAAAAUUAUUUUUAUUUUCAUUAGCUUUAACUUUUCUCAUCCCGCUCCCAAGUAGAUGCAUAUUGUUUAUGAAUGGGAGCAUUGGCACUACUGCAGCCUUCCUUGCAAAGGCACCCUGUUCAAUUUAAUGCAAGAUGACUGAAGCAACUGCCUUAGAGUCAUUUCUCCUUUGAUCACAUCCCUGUCCUGUUGACAGUGCCCGGAUAGGGUCAUCCCUUCCUCCUCAUUCCUCUAGAAGUAACACCGAUGCUUUGUUUUGCCUACUCUACAGUCUGAAUCACACUUUGCACAUGACAAACUUACAUCUAGAGGAAUCAGUGGAUGCUCACGUACAUACAUGUACUUUUUGUUUUUCUUGAAAGAUAUAGAAAAUAGGGACAGUUACAUGCUCUGUAGUUUGGAUUUUUUUGACCAAUCAAUACAAGUAGAUUAAAUUACUGAAAAAACUGAUGAGGUUCUUGUGCGAUAAGGAUUGUUUGGUACUUAGAUUUUUGCAUAUACUGAGACACAUUAUCAUCCUUAUCUCUGUUCUGCAGAUGGUCAAAACCCAUCUUUUUCUAGAAAGGCAGUUAUCUUUCCUCUGAGAGGGCUGCUUUUUUGCAAUAUCUUUAAAAUAAAAAUAAAAAGCUAAAACAAACCAAUUUACCUUUUAUCUCAAAAUUUAGUUCUCUAAACCCCUUUUACUCAAGCUCUAAUCCUGAUGAACAGCUUGUACUACAACAGUGUCUAAACUGACUGACUGUAAAACUCCAGUAUUGGAUUAUAUCUUAUCUUUUUGCUAAAAUAAAAUAUGAAGGACUGAUAUUAAAGUUAAAAGUCAAGGAUUUCGGGUUUGAGAGGGAAGGAAUGCUUUAAUGUGGCAUUAGUUGCCAAUCAUGUAGGAUUACUGAACUGUUUUGAAAAAAGCCAAAAGCUUUACUGACUCUCCCAGAUGUGCUAAUGUUUAUAUACUACUUAAGUCUUAUUUUACAGAGUAAUGGUACUGACUAAUUUUGCUGCUGUUCGUGUCCUUUAAGCUGCCUGUAUAUUGUGCUCUGAGGAAAAAAUAAAAAUACUGUAUUGUUAAUUGAUCAAGUUAAAACUACAUAAUGACUAAUAUAUUCAGUGCAAAAAACGUAUCAAAUGUUCAGGUUUUUAAGUAAAAUACCAUUUGUGCAGGGUUAAUAUUACUGUUCUGUGUGACAAAAUGCAUUAUCUACAGGUUAAGAAUCCAUUAUGUUUUAAUUUGUAAGUUUGGCAACAUUUGUACAGCCAAAGCAUUUAUCUGAGAUUUGUAUUGUACUAGUUAUCAUAAUGCACCCUUUUUCAGGGCAAUGCUGCAUCUUUCUUAUGACCGCUUUAAAAGACAUCAGUGUAUAUUAAUACAGCAAAGUAGCCUUAAGUGUAUAGUUUUCCUCUUAAGAAAAGAGAUACAUUAGCAGGGCCGUCCCUAUGGAGGUGCAGGCCUGGGGCGGAAGUGACGAAUCUGUCUCUUCUGGGACCGACCCAUCACUUCUGGGACCGACCACACCGGCCAAUCACACUGGCCUGUGGGGCCCCCCAAAGCGCGGGGCCUGGAGUGGUCGUCCUGAUUCACCGUACCCAAGGGACGGCUCUGUACAUUUGUUAUGUGAAAAUUGAUUUCCCCUUUACUCAACCAACCUGUCUCUGAGGGUAACCAGUUUCCUUUUUUAGACCCUUAAGAUAUCAUACUCCUUGUUCCUUUAAUUUAUAUUCACCACCCUUUACAAAACAAAAACAAAACCCUUCCUUGGGACCUAAAAGGGGUGGAUGACACUUGAGGGUGCUAAACUCUAUGAAGUGCUGAGGACAUCCUACUCCUUGUGAAGUCAGCAGGAGUUGAGGGAAUUCAGCAUAUCCUAGGAGAUGCUCGGCACAUUACAGGUCCAAGCCUUCACUUUAGAGCCCUUCAACCUUAUUCCUUAAUUCAGAGAGGUGGUGAUUGUUUUUUAAAAGGUUCUCCGUUCCACCCUGGGGCUCAGCAUAAUGUCUCCACAGCAGUCUCAGAUCUCUUGUUUCUCAGGCCAGUAAAACCUAGGAGUGGGAAUAAAAAUCCUGGUCCCUCCUGCAUGUAUAAGAGCACUGACAAAUAAUUAAGAAGAAAAUCAGUGCCUCAUUAACAUUGGUGUGCUUUUAGAAACUAAAGGAAUAAUCUCAAAGGGAUCUAUUUUUGCUGUGGUUUUGCACUGCAAUGGAAUGUAAUUUCUAUGUAUGUUUCCUCACUCCUAGUAGUUGCUACUUCCCCAGCCAAGUUUUAAUGAUGAAAGAGAAAUAAAUGUUGCUGUAUUGUAAAAAAAAUUACUACGUAAUAAGGUGGUAAAGGCUGCAGCAUUAUUUUUCAAAACCAUGUAUUGUUUUUGCUUUUUUGAAGAAAAUUUCCCAGUUGUCUGUUUAAACCUAUGUUGGAAGGAAGCUUCUGUAGUUAGUCUCUGGUGUUGUAUUUUGCAUGAAGUUUAAUUCCAUUGUCUUCCAGGUUACUUGGAAAUUUUUGUGUGCCACAUUAGGUGGUCAACUCAGUCCUUCCUCUUCUUGUGAAAAGAGUCUGAUCCCAUACUCUUCACUCAGGCAAUACCCCUAUUGAAAUCUGUGGGAGUUUCAUGUGUGUAAGGAGUAUAGUAUAAGUGCCCAGAAUGGAAAUUCUAUCUAGGGCAUAUACAUUCAUGUAUUGUAUAUUCCUCCUCAUAUAAGUGAAAUUCAGUGUUGUGAGGGUUUAACAGCAAUUAAGAUAUCCCCCAGGGUGCAUUGAUGGUGAUUAAUCUGGGCAAUAUAAAUUUGAUUCUAAGAUAGCAAAUUCACUACUGGUUUAAUAGAUGCACAAACUGGUGAUGUAUGUUUAUGUCAAUUUUGGGAGUGAGGUGUGAAUUCUUGCAUGUCAUACCCCCAGUGACCAGAAGCCUUUUUUAUGGAUACAGUGUUUUCAUUAUGAAAGCAGUGACAGCCCAGAGUAACCAUUAAUGCUAGCCAGAUGGGAGGGAAACGUUCUAAAUAUUGUAAAAGAAACGCUGUCAUGUUUUAUACGUGAUUUUCAGUCAUCUACUGUCUAAUUCAAUUGUAUUUAUAAAAACAUUGUCAUUUCACAAAGUUUCUGAGUGGAUAACCCAGGGGAGGGAGGAGUUAUACUAUGUACAACUAAUGAUUAUGACCUUACAAAGCAUGUAAUUAAAAAAAAUUAAGGUGUGCAUAGGAAAUCCUUAAAAGUUUUGUGCAAUAAACUAUUUUUGGUAAA